AUGGUUGAAAACUUGGCCGAGCCUCAGUGUGUACUGAUUACGGGAGGUUGUGGAUUUAUUGGAUCGAAUUUUAUUAAUUUUAUUGCUGAUCGUUGGAAAUCCUCAAGAAUAGUCAAUUAUGAUAAAUUAGCGUUUGGAGCAUCACCUAAUCAUGUGGAGAAACAUAUUCGAGAGUCAAGCAGAUAUGCUUUCAUCGAAGCUCGACUAGAAGAUCAGGACACGCUUGACAGAUGUCUACACGAGCAUCAGGUGGACAUGGUGAUACAUUUUGCUGCAAUUACUCACGUUGAUGAAUCAUAUACGGAUCGUGUAGGAACAAUACAGGAUAAUGUCAUCUCAACCACUACAUUACUCGAAAGUAUCAUGAACAGAAACUAUAAUGGAGUAAAACGGCUUGUACAUAUCAGUACUGACGAGGUCUAUGGUGACUCAUUCGAUGAUGCCACGCCAAAAACGGAAAAUUCAUUGCCAAAUCCUACAAAUCCCUAUGCAGCCAGUAAAGCAGCUUGUGAAAUGAUUAUACGCUCUUACUGGCAUUCAUACAAAUUACCAUAUGUGAUGGUUCGUAUGAAUAACGUCUAUGGACCACGUCAAGCUGGUACAAAGCUGAUUCCGAAAUUUACGAAGCUAGCGUUGGAGGGAAAGCCGUAUCCUCUGAUGGGAGAUGGCCUACACACGAGGAGCUGGAUGUACGUGGAAGACUGCUCCGAGGCGAUCAGAAGGGUGGCCGAAGAUGGUCAACUUGGAGAGGUGUACAAUAUCGGGACGGAUUUCGAGAUUACCAAUAUCGAGCUGACAAGAAAAAUACACGACAUUGUCAACAAACUACAAAAACGAAAAGAGUCGCCCCCUUCCUUCGUGCCCAUACCAGAUCGGCCGUAUCACGAUCGUCGGUACUAUAUCGAUUUUUCGAAGAUCAAGAAGGCAAUGGGAUGGCAGUGUACAACCCCGUUCGAAGAAGGCUUGAUGAAGACGAUCGAUUAUUACGUAAAAAAUCAGAAGCACGAAAAAGUGACGUCACGUCUCCACGGAUAA